AUGUCUACCGAUGGGAUGAGUGGCGGUGAUGAGGUGCAGAAGAAGGAAGGGAAGGCGAUUCGCUUCAUCAUGAACAAUGGCGCACCCAACCCAAAGAGGCGACGAAUAGGCGCAGCAUGCUUGACGUGUAGGAAGCGAAAGACAGCAUGUUCAGGUGAGCGACCCGAAUGCGAGACGUGUGUUCAGAACAAGCAGGAGUGUGCUGGAUACGCCGAUCAUGCUUCGCGGUCCAGGCGAGGCCACUGUGGUCCGAACGAAGAUGUGCGAAGCAUCAAGGCGAAGCAGAAGGUCGGGCUCGAGGACCAAGCCAUCCCGGAGCUUCAUCGUGCAGCAGUCUCGCAAGGCCAGAUCAAUGGCAAAGCGCCCGGUCGUGCUUUCGAUGAAUUGCUGCAACGUCAGGACGCUCGCACAGACUCACCGCCAGACCAUAGCCAGCACACGCGUACCACAGCGUCUACGAGAACUCGUACGAAGCGAGACGCAGAGAGGUCUCUGUUCCCUGGACCACGAAAUCGAAUGCCGUACUUCCGCUGGCUAGGUCCAACAGCCAUUAUGCCUGGCUUCAAGCAGAUGGUUGUCAAAGUCAAACGACAAGACACGUCGGAAUUGGCACGGUCGUCAAUAGAUGGCGGGCAGUCGUCGCCUGCUGUGAACAAUGGAUCUGGCGAUCAUGGUAUUCCUUCUUUCCUGACCAACACUCCUGCUGGUGCGGAGACAGAAGCGCGCACGCCACUCAACCUACCUUUCUACGAUACAAGUCCUGCACCACCCAGCGAACUGAUUACACAUCUCGUGAACACGUUCUUCACCCAUCUUGGCUGUAAUUAUCCCUUUUUACCCAGAGAACGUUUCUUACGAGAUCUGGAGGAGAAGCAAGUAGACGCGAUAUUAGUCGACGCAGUAUGUGCGCUCGCAGCGCGCUUCUCGACACAUCCAGUUGUCAAGCAGCAGCCGCUCGACGAGGGCAAAGCCACGCCAGCGGAAUAUGGUCAUGCGUUUGCACAGCGCGCAAAGAAUGCUUUGGUGGAUAUGUUUCCAUGUCCGACUGUCGCGGCUGUGCAAGCUGCGCUUUUGCUAGCCUAUAACGAGUUUGGCGAAAGUCGUGACAGCGGUUUAUGGAUGUACCUGGGCAUCUCGAUACGCAUGGCGCAAGACCUUGGCAUGCACACCCUCGAAGGCAUGAAGUAUAAGGGCAGGAAGGGACCGACUCCGAAGCUCGUCAAGCGCGCAUCACAUGACGAUGGUAACGAUGAUGAUGCACUGACUCAGACGAUAUCGAAUACCACUGAGGAUGGAACAGUCAGGAGCGACCAACAAACUCUUAGAGAAAUCGAGGAGCAGAAAGCAGUGGAGCAAGAACGAGUAGAUACCUUCUGGGCUGUCUUUCUACUCGAUCGGGUCGUGUCAUCCGGUACUGGACGGAGGAGCACUCUUCGCGACAAGGAGAUCGAGCUCUCGUUCCCAGAUCUCGACCAGCGAGAACCUGCAUCGGACUGGCCUGCACCGUUUCCAGCCUUGAUCAGGAUCGUGCAUCUGUACGGUAGGGUUGCAGACUUGCUGAACAGCAUCAAGGAGCCGUCAGACAUCACAUCAGACACGCCGAAAAAGCUUGCAACGAUGGAGCGCCAAGCCACUCGAUUAUACCAAGGCCUUUCAUCCAGGCUUCACUUCGAUGCCGUUAACUUUCAGCACUACAUGAAAGCUGGAGAAGGCACGAAUUUUGUGCUCCUGCAUUUCUGGUUUCAUACCUUAAUCGUUCUGCUGCAUCAGCCGACUCUGAUGAAGACCUUCGAGGGACGGAUGCUGCAGCUAUUCCCGAACAGUCAGCGGCUGUCUAUGUCGUCUGCCAAGACAAUCGCAGACAUUCUUUCCUACUCUCAGCUUAUGGAUGCGAAAGCCAGUCUUGGCAACCCAUUCACGACACAGCCAAUUUAUGUUGCAGCUUGUGCUUUCUUGAAGGAGACAGCGGAGCAGACUGCGAGCUCGAACGCACAGUCUAGGGCCGGCAGUCCGACCCGUGUGCUGCACAUCGAUCCGGCCUCUUACACAGUCAAGUCAGAAGGGUCUUCUGGAACACCAAAUCGGCGGUCAUCCGUCGCCACGGCAGAGCAUAAAGCUUUCGCAAAGCAUACUCUACUCGCCACUGCAGCCACGCAGCACUAUCAGCUGUGCUAUAAAGCUCUGCAGUCUCUCGAGACAUACUGGGCAGGCGCCAAGUACAUCUUGACCGUGCUUGAUCAGAAAUUCGAGGGUGUUGGCGACCCACUACUGUACACUGUCGAAGAGGGCGAGAGUGCGAUGGAGCAGCCCAAACCAGAGCCAGCUUUCACAUCUCCUGGCUGGCGUAGGAAACACUCGUGGGGCCAGCAAAUAGCAGCAGGAAGCAAUCCUUUCUUCAAAGCACAAGGAGCAACUCACGAUUCCACUACACCUGGUGUUGAUCCUACGCUGGCGUUUGGCUGGACACUGACCGGCACAAUGAACUCACCUAGCACCAACGUCGCCGGACAUUACGCAUCCGGAAUGGCAGCUAGCCAGCAGCUCACGCCUUCGCGGCCAGAUCUGCCUACGACAGAUACUACGAGCUGGCUAUCAGCUGGCCUGAACGGCCAAUAUACCUUUCAACCACCCACGAACCCCGCGGCCUCUACCCUUCACAACGGCACAGGCAGUAGCAUAAGCUCGUUACUCAACCCCGACCUGCGCCACGAACACCAGGCUUUCGUGAACGAUAUGCACUUCACCUCAGGUCAAACGCAGUCACACCACCACCAAGACCCCAACAUGCCUCUGUAUAACCCCUUCCACUUCACCAAUGAUAACGUAAUGCAGGAUUACGGCGACAUGAUGAUCCAGACUCGAGAUGUGGAUAUGAGUGCGUUGGAUUUCGGGCUUGAUAUGCCGUGGUUUGAUGCUUUCCCGCCACAUGAUAGGGCGGAGGGGUUCUAG